UCCAAUGUCUUCUCUAUGUUUGACCAAACCCAAAUCCAGGAGUUCAAAGAGGCCUUCACCGUCAUUGACCAGAACAGAGAUGGCAUCAUCGACAAGGAAGACCUGAGAGACACAUUCGCUGCCAUGGGGCGCCUGAACGUGAAGAACGAGGAGCUGGAGGCCAUGAUUAAGGAAGCCAGCGGCCCCAUCAACUUCACCGUCUUCCUCACCAUGUUUGGGGAGAAGCUCAAGGGUGCUGAUCCCGAGGACGUGAUCAUGGGGGCGUUCAAGGUGCUGGACAGCGAGGCCAAAGGCACCAUCAAGAAGCAGUUCCUGGAAGAACUUCUGACCACCCAGUGCGACAGAUUCACCCCGGAAGAGAUCAAGAACAUGUGGUCAGCUUUUCCUCCAGAUGUGGCCGGCAACGUGGACUACAAGAACAUCUGCUACGUCAUUACACACGGUGAAGACAAAGAAGGGGAGUAA